AUGCGACGGCAAGCGACCGUGCUAGGCGGACUCGACCGGGCGGCUUUGGCUGAGCGGCGCAAGAAACUCGCCGCUACCGAAACACCUCGUGUAUCUCAUGAGCCCAGCCUGCAAGAACACGCGGCUUUUCAACACGGCCCGGAAUGUACACCAUUCCUUGAGACAGAGUUCCCGAGUAGCUACGAUCUACUCCAUGAGAUCGGCACUGCUGAUAUCACUGGAAGGGCAUCGCUUACAGUACCAAAUGCGGACGUUGGCAAUAUAGAGAAAGACGUUUUGAUCGAUGCAUAUUAUCAAAAUUUUCACAAGUUGCAUCCGUUCCUCCCGCCGCAAAGGCAUUUCUACAGACUUUGUCAGAAUCCGAGCAGACAACUUGACUUUACCCCCCUCGUUGCUGUCAUGCGCUUGGUUGGACAUAUCUUUCACGCGCGAGACUGGCCAACUUCACUCCAAGACCAUGCCGAGGCGUGCUUUCCACGGGCAUCUCCGACUGAUCCGAUCCUGAUUCAAUGCCGACUCUUAUAUUCAAUAGCGUUGUUCUGGUUCGACUACAAGGACGAGGCCAAGAGCCAGAAGGACAAGUCAAUCCGUCUUGCUGUUGAUUUGCAGAUGUAUCUUCAUGGUUUCGCAGCGAAACACGGCGGCGAAGACCCUGUGUUGACGGAAAGUUGGAGGCGCACAUGGUGGAUGCUCUAUCUCGUUGAUGCGUACUAUGCUGGGACUCUCGGAACUAUGAACUUUGAAGUUGUGGACAUUGAGACUACUGUGGAAUUGCCCUGUGAGGAGUCCGCAUUCGAGUCAGGAAACAUUCCCGCGCCCAGAAGCCUAGAAGAUUUUGACUGCCGCGAAUUCACUCCUGAAAUCACCUUUUCAUCCUUCGCCUACCUCAUUGGCGCAGUUCGUUGUGCAGCGUCGGCAAUAGCGUCUGCGCCGAAGAUUGUGAAUAAAGACGACUCGUUACACAUAAUCCAGGCUGCAGACUCCAGCCUUGAUGGAGAUAUCGAUGAAUUGAUGUUCCAAGCGCACCUGCUAGUCCAUGUAGCCACCAUUGGAUUACACCGACCAUUCUCAGACCUCAAAUUCAACGCAGUGGAAGAAGUCUCAAGUUGCGCACGGGAACCGCCUCUCGUCACACCCACAUCGGACCUCGUCAACGUACACACAGUGCGAGUCCUUCGCGCCGUAGAAGCCCAGAUCCGCCUCUUAGCACUCCCAGUUCGGCGAUUCCACCAUACGCCCUUCACAACGUGUAUGGUCAGCGAAGGCACAUUGGCGCUCCUGUCAGCCUGCAAUUUCUUAUUCAAGGAAAGGGAUCUAGCAACGGCAAGAGACCAGAUCCGCAUGACUAUCGGGUGUCUGAAGGCACUCGGUGAGAUCUGGCCGCGGACCGCGAGAAAUGUUCGUGAGAUCCAGACUAUUGCGCAUCAUGUGUUGGGAAUUAGGUCGAAUAUUGCAAAGAAGGGCAACACUCCUAGCUCAAGUGGAGUGCCGCAUCUUUUCGGCGGUCAAGAGCAGAGAGGUCUUGGAUCGGACGGGGACUCCAGUAAUGGAACUGAUAUGUUACCCUCACUUGGCUCGAUUGAGGAUCUUUGUGGAUGGUAUCAUCUGGGUGAUCUGGAGGAUCUUCCGUGGGGACUGCCUGGUCAAUGA